AUGAAGUCUGGUAUCAACAUGAUGACAGAGGCGAAGGGGAUCGAGGGCAUGUUAGAUUUAUCGUCACUGGUCAUUCCUUGGUAUGCAUGGUCCAAGCCGGGGUUUAAUGUUCCCACCACGCUCAGUUGGUCUGAUGUGUCAGCCAUACCGGAAGAGAACCGGGUGAAGGACCUUCUCGGCACGGAUCGAAUUGGCAAGCGGCCCGGGUGA